UUGACAACAUUGUUGGUGGCGCUACAGGUGGUCACCGUAUUGUCGACACCGGCACCGUUCCCUCCGUCUCCGGACUUUACGUCAGCGUUCAGACAACAGUUCCCGCAAACGGUGAACACCGGGAGCGCCGCCAGUGAUCCGAACCAAGGAUUCAAUACUAUUCGCCGUUUCCCGCAAUUCCCGUCGAGUAGUGGUCAGCCCUCGUCUUUUGGCAGUCAAUCGCCUUUUGGGAGUCAAUCGUCUUUCGGCAGUCAAUCGUCUUUUGGCGGUCAUCAGCCGUCCAUCGAUUCGUCGGCACUCCUUCCCCGUCAGCCGCAAGUGAUUUCGGUGCUGAGCGGCGCCGGAGCCGGUCCUCAUCAGCCCGUGUCGUGGAAUCCGCCGCCAACUAUAGUCCCUCCGGCGGCCACCAAUCGCCAAAAACAGGCGCUUCAGAUCAAUCCUCAGCCGCAGUCGACGCCAUUGUCUUCAACGGUGUUCGGAUCGGCCGCUCCGGUAGUGGAAGACAGGGAUAGGGAUGAGCGUCAGAGUCGAUAUUUGUCGCAAUCGGUUCCGUCGGCGCAAAAUGUAUUUCCGAGCCGUGACUUUGAGUCGGCCAUCAGUAGAGGAGGCGCUCAAUCGCAGCCAUCACAACCCCCACCGGCUGUGGCGGCCGCUCCACCCGUGCCGUCGGCGGCGGCUGUAAACGGAUCCAAACCACAGAAAGACGAUGUCGUCAUAUAUUACUACUACUAUUACGACGACGACAAGAACGCCACCAAACCCUCGGGCGGCGAUUCGAGUUUGGACGCCAUACCAUCGCUGGAGUCCUUCGAUCAGAACCGAAGUCCGAACAGAGGCGGAGACAAACCCGGAAGAGUUGUGGUCAAGAAUAUGGACAAAGAGAUCGUCAAACCGAUUGCUACUCGCGACCAGUCGUUUGGGCGCCAAUCGGAACCUAUCGUUGAGUCGCGACGACCAGCGCCUCCUCCGCCGCCUCCCACGCCAUCGACGCCUCUGUUUGUGUUCAAUAGCGAAACGGCAGCGCCGGUCACUUCUCCGCCGCCUCAACACAACAUAGGUUUUGGUGGUUUCGUUAGUCAACGAGAGUCAGCGCCUAAUGUUGUGGUCACUCAACCGCCCGUCGAGAGGACCAGUUCUGCGGUCAGCGUUUCGGUGUCGGAGUCCGUAAACAGCGCUCCCGUGUCCAACAUUUUCCGAUACGGUUCCAGAGGUGUCGACAGUUUUCGGUCGCCGCCAUCCGGCGCCGGAUCGCCAGGAGAUUCCAGUAGUGUCCGCACCAGCUCUUCGAGCAGCAGUAGUUCUUCGAGCAGUAGUUCCAGCGUUUUGGCCACUAAUGGCAACACUAUAAAUGGCGGCGGAAGACCUCAGAGUUCAUUCCAGCCUCAGUUUCCGGGACAGGCCUUCAGACACAUCCCGCAACUGUCCACUCAUGAGCCACCGGUCAGUACUGUUGUCACUCCGAGUUCACUGAACUACGGGCGCAUAACCUUCACACCCGACGGCUUCCCUCCGCCCAAACAGCCGGUGGACAACCAGUUGGACUCAUUGGGCCGACCGGCCAACUCUUUCGAGUCAUACUCUGUGGCCACAAAUCCGCCCACAAUUAUGACAACACAAGCGCCGACCACUUCUACAACCACUACCACCACAACGACGACCACAACCACUACAACAACUCCGCCGCCGCCGGCCGUCGAAGAAGAAGCGCCGGAACAGCCGCGCAGAUUCGGUAAUCGGCGUCGACCGAACGCUGCCCGUGACCGUGGUGCUCUUUUGAAUAGAGUCCGGCCCACAAUCAGCAGCACAACCACAACCACUACCGCCAGCCCUACCACUCGCGUCCGGCCCACGAGACCCGCCGCCGGAGGCUUUCGCCAAAGACCCGGAAGAUUUAGGAAACGCCCGGGAAGUGGAGGCGAAGACGACGAGCCAACGCAAGCGUCAGCCGCCAGUACGGCCGCCACCGCCGCCGCCGCUCCGACCGCUAAGCCAUCGACGGAAUCGUCGGCCACAACGGCCGCUGCGGCGCCGCCGCGAAGAUUUGGCGCCGGAAGCGAAAGACGUCGAUUCGGUGCCGGAGCCGCACGACAGCCAACAAUAAAUAGAGUACAACCGACUCCCGUCUCCACUACCGCCGCCCCAUCAGCUCUGCCCACCAGAGCGUCGCCAAUAUCUGCCAGAAGGCCCGGAUCUGCAUUGAGUAGCGCCCGAAGGCCGCAACUUAGAGGUCGACUGCCGACCAGAAACCGAAAUCAAGAGAACGCCGAAGAGUCGAGUCCCACACCACCCGUUGUAGCGUCUGAAGCGCCAAUUGUUACCCCCUCUGAGGCACCGGUGGUGGCCGUGAGUGCUGUCACUCAAGACACUAACCCUCCGCCGUCCGCACCCGUCAACACUCAGGACGUGUCGAAUGAGCCCUCAAAUAAUGAAGAAUCGCCUGAAGUGUCUUCGGCUGCGCCCACGGAAAAGCCCAAAGGAAGACAAUUACGACCACUGUUUGCAAACAGACAGCGAUCGUCUCUGUUUGGCCGUCGAGGGGCCGGUUCUGGCGGUGCACCCAAUGCUGACUCCAAUUAA